AUGUAUUUUGAAUAUUGUCAAGAAGUUGCUACCGAUUUUGAAAAAGUUCUCGAAUCUGACGAGGAAUAUGAUGUCAUUAUAUACGCCGGCGAAAAUAUGAAAGCAUUACAUGCACAUUUAUUUGUUUUACGUACGAGGUCGCAAUAUUUUCGUACAGGGUUUUCUAAGAAAUGGGCCGAGAAAAAGGAUGGAAAAUUUAUAUUUAAAAAACCAAAUAUUUCUUAUGAAAUAUUUAAAAUCAUUUUAAGAUUUAUUUAUUGUGGAAAGAUAGAUUUUACAAAUUUACAAAGUUCCGAAGUAUUUGAACUCCUGAUGGCGGUAGAUGAACUUAGUAUUCAAACUUUAAUCAAUUGUAUUCAAGAAUACUUGAUUAAAUAUAAAAAGGAAUUUCUACAACAACAAUGUUCUGUAGAAAUUCUUGAUACGUUCUAUCAACACGAUUCUUUUACGGAUUUAUGGAAUUUUUCUCUCAGGAAGAUUUGUGAAGAACCUGAAAUCUUAUUUAAUUCUAAUAAAUUCAUUAAUUUAAGCGAACAUUUAUUAGAAUUCCUUUUAAAGCAAGAUGAUUUAAAUUUAGAUGAAAUUCUUAUUUGGGAUGGUUUAAUAAAGUGGUGUUUAGCGCAACAUUCUAAUAUUUCACAUGAUGUUAAGAAAUGGGAUAAGGAUAAUUUUACGACUAUGGAGAGAACUAUUCAUAGGUUUAUUCCUUUGAUUAGAUUUUAUGGUAUCUCUCCAGAGGAUUUUAAUUUGAAAGUAUUUCCUUAUAAAAAAUUAUUACCAGAUAAUUUGAUUAACAAUAUAUUUACAUUACAUAGUAGUAAUGCUAAGGUAACAAAUGAGAAACUAAAUAUAUUUAACGUACAAUCUCCUAGAAAAUCAAAGGAUAUAUACGAUUCAACAUUAAUUAACCCUCAACAUUUUGCUAUUUUUUCUAGUUGGAUUGAAAAGGAAAAUGAUUCUCAUUAUAAUGCGAGAAAUAUUCCUUAUAAUUUUAAUUUACUUUAUCGUGCUAGUAGGGAUGGUAAUACGGCCGCAGAUUUUCAUAAAAAAUGUGAUAAUAAAGGUGCUACUAUAGUUAUAGCAAAAGUUACAGAUUCAGAACAAAUAGUAGGAGUUUAUAAUCCACUUUUUUGGAACGAGAAGUGUAAUACAAAUAAAUCUACAAGUGAUAGUUUUAUAUUUACGCUUACAGAUAGAACGAAUCUUCAAACAGCGAAAGUAAGUUAUAGUAAUGGUGACCCAAAUUCUAUACAAAAUUAUUCAGUACAUGGCCCAGUAUUUGGAGCCACUGAUUUAUAUGAAAAUAAUGGCAGUAAUUGGUGUAGUAAGAGUGAUUCAAUUUCUUAUCCAAAGAUUGAUGAAAUGCCGAUAGGGAAAUUUUACGUGGAUGAUUAUGAAGUAUUUCAGGUUAUUAAAAAGGCGUAA